CUAGUUCGAAGGUUAAACGCCGUCGCUACUAACUAAAGUGGUAUCUUAGUAACAAACUGUGCCGCUUCCAAACCUACUAAUAGAAUCGAAUUAUUUAACUCGUCAGGUUAUUAAAAUUUGUAUUUUGAAAAUAGAAACACGGAGAGUGUUCAGUGAUACUGUAGUCUUGAAUCAGAUUGUUUAUAUAAUUUUUUAUUGGUUAAUAUUUGAUUUUGAAGAUAAUGUCGGAGAGUAAACCCGAUACGGUGCCCGGAUUGGGAUUUAAGGAUAAAGAAAAAGCAUUGGAUACGCUGAAAGUUUUGGAAGGAAGAGAUCCCGAUUACCAAAGAUUGUCUAUUAAAGGACUUAUUGGGAGAGCUAAAAGGACUUUGACGUUAACAAAGGAUAAAGAAAAAGUUCAAAAUAUCAAUGAUGCCGUAAAAGUAUUCGAAGAUUUUCUAAGAGACUUUGAAAUCAACAAUCUUUCAAAAGAAAACAGAGCUUACUUACCCGUAGCGUCAACAGAAGUAUUCUUACCGCUCAAAGAAAAAUAUGGAAUCGAAGAUGAGCAAAUUGAUGGGUUUCUGGAUGCAUAUUCCAAGAAAGCGAAAGGUGAUUAUAAGAAUCUAAGAACUAUUUCAAGUGGAGAUGAAAAACCUACUUGGGAUAUUGUUAGGAACGCAGAGUUAAAAAAAUUAUUAAAAGCUAUGGAGGAAUCUCGGCCAGAUUUGUGGGAGGAUGAUUUACCGACAAAAGAACAUCUCGAACUUAUUUUGUGGGCUUAUAGUCCGGACGCUAGUAAAAUAAAAAAGAAUUUGGACACGUACGCUUCAAAAUUAGGAACUAGCAAGAAAGUAGACAGCGAGAACGAUGAGGAGAUGAACGAUGAUGAUGAUGAUAAGGAGGAGGAAGAAGAAAAGGAAUCCGAAAAGAAACCGGAAAAAAAUACUAAAAGAAAAUCGUCGGGCGAUACUAAAGAUGAAUCGCCCGAGAAGAAACAAAAGAAGAAUGAAGAUGACGAAUAGAUUUUUUAUGUUGUAAUUUUUUUUGUAUUGUAUUUUCAAAUAUAUUUUUACUUAUU